CCGCUUCCCCACCCCCUCUUCCCUUCUGUCCUCUCUCUCUCUCUAGGUCUGCGCCCUCUUCUUCUCCUCGCGAACUCUCCUGGUGAAAGCGGCGGCCAUGGCGGCGGCGCAGGCGGUGGUCAAGGGGAGCGUGGUGUCUACGUACGGAAACCGGGCCGCGCCGGGGCUCCUCGGCCGGCGGAGGGCCACGGCGCGGAUGGCGACCUCCGCGGCGUCGGCGGUGCGGAUCAGCGGCUCCUGGAGGAAGAUCCCGUUCCUCGGCGGGAGGCUGGCGGUAGGGCCCAGGAGAUCGAGGCCCGCGUCCCGUAGUCUCGUCGCGUCGCCGGUGCAGAUGAACUUUGCGAUUGGGAAAGCCAUGAGGUGGUGGGAGAAGGGGCUGCAGCCCAACAUGCGGGAGAUCGAGUCCGCCGAAGACCUCGUCGACUCUUUGACCAACGCCGGCGACAGGCUCGUCAUCGUGGACUUCUUCUCCCCUGGCUGCGGCGGUUGCCGUGCUCUUCACCCCAAGAUUUGCCAGUUUGCGGAGCAGAACCCGGAUGUGCUGUUCUUGCAGGUGAACUAUGAGGAGCACAAGUCUAUGUGCUACAGCCUGCACGUCCAUGUUCUCCCUUUCUUCAGGUUCUACCGGGGAGCUCAGGGACGACUCUGCAGCUUCAGCUGCACAAACGCAACUAUUAAAAAGUUCAAGGACGCGCUUGCAAAGCACAAACCAGAUAGAUGCAGCCUUGGCCCAACUAGGGGGCUAGAGGAAUCAGAGUUAUUGGCUCUGGCCGCGAACAAGGACCUGCAGUUCACCUACACUAAGAAGCCAGAACUGGUUCCAAGCGGAGAUGCUGCUGCGGAGGUCAUCGCUCCUGAGCCUCCCAAGCUUCCUCCGGCCACAAAACCGUUGGUCAAGCAGGGAUCUCAGGAGAGGUCCUUGAUCUCAUCAGGAAGAUGAGAUGUGAUGAUGAUCCGUAUGAUCACAUCCUUCAAUUCUGUACAGUUCCGUGGUUCUUGAUGUGUACAGGUUGUACCUUCUCAUGGUAGUAGAGUGCAGGCUUUGAGAUUUUUACCUACGAUGCCUGUCCGCUAGUAGUUUGUAGCUGUAUUAGCAGUAGCAACGAGUGUUGUGGAGCUUUCUGCCUCCAGGAAAUUGUAUGGUAGUUGUAUGAAUCAUCUGCAUGCUAUUUUGCAAGGGUCACAUCUUAUCAUGAAUGGUGUUGGACGAA